AUGCUAGACGUCACAAAAAAUGAGAAUCGCCAAAGCUUAAGAGAGACUAAAAGGCUGUUUGAUAUCUUACCAAGAAAGAACUUGGUGUUGUGGACUGCUCUCAUAUCCGCAUAUGCCCAAUCAGGGCAUCUCCAGCAAGCCAGAGCUCUGUUUGAGAAAAUCCCACAGACAAAUCUUGUGACUUGGACAGCCAUGGUAUAUGCCUAUGCUCAGGGAGGGCAUCUCGAUAGCGCAAGGGAAACCUUCGAUCAAAUGCCUGAGAGGAAUGUUAUUUCGUGGACUGUUAUGCUUGAAGCUUACUCCAGCCACGGCCAUCUCUUGGACUGCCAAGAGCUCUUCCAGGAAAUGCCACAGCGCAACUUGGUUUCCUGGAAUGCAAUGCUAAAUGCGUUUGUCAAAUGUGGGGAUAGCCUUGAAGAUGCGGUUUUCUGUUUCAAUAAAAUGCCACAACACUCCUUGGUCUCAUUUACAACUAUGCUCGCUGCGUAUACCCAAUUCGGGUAUUUUCAAAGAGCCAGAGAAACGUUUAACAGCAUGCCUGUAUGGGAUCUAGCUGCUUAUAACGCAUAUCUAGUGACAUUUCAAAAACAAGGAAAUUUAGAAAUGGUCAGCACUGUGUACCAAAACAUGAUGGAAAAAGACGUAGCUUCUGUAAAUAUUCUUCUUACAGCAUAUGCCCAGGAAGGGCUCAUUAAAGAAGCAAUAAGCAUUUUUAGAAAGGCCUUAACCAAGGACUUAGUCUCGUGGACAACAAUCUUGGCCAUCUAUGGAACAGCUAGCUACGUUGACAAAGCAAGAGUUGUGUUUGACCAAAUACCUCAGAAAAAUAUAGUGACCUGGAAUGCAAUGCUGGCAUCAUAUGCCCAAUAUGGGCAUUCCACACAAGCAAUUUUCCUUUUGGAUACACUCAAGCUCUACUUGUCUCCCAACGAGGCUUGUUUUACCUCUGGACUUCUGGCAUGGAAGCACACUGGAAAGAUUGGGGCAGCAAUGCUAUGUUUCCAUUCCAUGCAACACGACUUUGGCUUGGUACCGACAAAGCAGCAUUACUGUUGCGUGGUUGAUCUCUUGGCGAGGGGAGGAUUUGUGGAAGAUGCAUGGGAUGUUGUGUUAAAUAUGCCAUUCGAGCCCAGUGGUUUGGAGUGGUCAUGCUUGGUAGGAUUGCCAGAUCCCAAGUUUGCCUUCGUCACAGAGUAUGCAAAUAAGGCUGUGGAGCUAGAGCCAAAAUGUGGAGCUGCAUAUGCCAUGCUUGCUAGAACUUUUGCAUUGGCGGCCCCUUGA